AGCGCUUAUUUUCUUCUCAACUUUUGUAAGAGAGCCAUCUAGUGGUGGACGUGCCAAACUCACUGUAGUGAAUAGUGAUUUUUCAUCUCUGUGUAGUGACCAAAGAAUUAGCCGUAGAAAAAUGCCUGGCGGUCGUCCUCUUUGGCAGCGUGCUGGCAAGCGUGAGCCAGAAAAGGAAGUUGAGGCUCAAAAAUGGAUAGAGGCGGUGAUCGGAGAGAAGUUUCCCGCCGAUUUACCUUACGAGCUGGCACUCCGCGACGGCAUCAUCCUCUGCAAGCUGAUGAACAGGCUGCAGCCCGGUAUCAUCACCAAGGUCAACGUCUCCGGCGGCGAUUACAAAUAUAUGGACAACAUUAAUCAGUUCCAAAAUGCGUGCGUCAAGUACGGCGUGCCUGACGUCGAUUUGUUCCAAUCGACUGACCUCUGGGACCAAAAGAACAUUGCACUCGUCACACAAACGAUCUUUGCUCUUGGAAGGACGGCGUACAAACACCCUGAAUGGCGUGGCCCCUUCCUAGGACCCAGACCCGCGGAGGAAAACCGUCGCGAGUUCAGCGAAGAUGUUCUUCGUGCCGGACAAGCGGUUAUAGGUCUUCAAGCUGGUACAAAUAAAUUGGCCAGCCAGUCUGGACAGAGCUUCGGUGCGUCCAGAAAAAUCAUCCUCGGCAAGUGAAGUACCAGGAUAUCAGAGAACCAAGAUAUUUAUAAUUAUGGUUAUUUAGCAUUGAUAUUUAUUACGAUUAUCAAAUUUAUAGGUAUCUAAAAAUAUGACUAUUUCAUUGUAUUUUUAGAUUUCAAAAAUGAAAUAUGAUUUUUGAUACUCUUUUAAUUAGAGUUUAAAUAAAAGUUAUUUUUCAUUUACGCUGCUUACGAUGUAUUGUAUAUUUAAAAAGUAUUAUUACAAAAUUUAGAUGUAAACUAGUCAAUAUAAAUAAAUACAAUUUUGUACAAAGAAAAAGGUUUUAUUUAUGUAAAUCAUACUGCUUAUAAUAUUUUUCUAAUAAAUUAUAUAUUUUCAA